AUGGAGACCGCCACCUGUGCAACACCUCCCUGGAUGACACCCUGCAGCUGCCAGCACGUUCUCCUGUCGCCUCCUCUUUCCUCUCAGGCUUGGACUGUUAAUUUUGUUGCGAUGGAGACUUUGUCCCUGGAGCACCAGAUCCAGAGCGUGCAGCGACAUAUCGCCUUCCUGAAGAAGGAACAGGUGGAACUGCUCCAUGACCUGCACCUAGAGAUUCUCCGAUUGCAAAAGCACUGCACAGAUCUGACCCAUGACCUUGAGACAAAGGAACUGGAAACUCACCAGCAAGAUGACAUUGAUCGGGAACUGGAGGAGAAGUGCAAGAUCAUGGAAGCCCAGUUGCAUGAGAAGGAGAAGGAUAAUCUGGAGCUGAGGAAGGAGCUCAGACAUAAGGAGACCCUGGUGUCCGCGCUGAGAUGCAAUCUCAGGAACAAGGAGAGGAAGUUCCUUGAGGAGCUGAAGAGAAGAAGCCACCGGGUGACUAUCCUUAACACGGAGCUGCAGAAGCAGACGGAGGCUGCUGCUUAUCUCUCCUUCCAGCUGCAUGCCACCAAACAGAAACUGCAUGGCUCCCGGCAAGGUGGCAAGCCCCCCCACGACAGGCCUCCGGACAAACCAUUCCCCACGCAGCCUUCCAGUGAGACGAGGCCCAAAAAACGAAUCCACAAGUCUCACGUUCGGAGGCUGGUGACCGACUGCUCCUAUAGCAAGGGAGUCAUCAAGGACUCCUUCCAGAGGGAGAGGAUGAGCAGCUUCGAAGAGGCAGACCCCAUGCCCGACCCAGCACUUUUUUUAUACACUAAAAGGCACCACGCUCCCCAUCGUCAGAAAUUUGAGCCCAAAGCCCAGGCCCUUAACAGAGCAGGGGCUGAUCCGAGUGACAGUGCAGCUGGGGGCUCCAGCCUGCCGAGGCCCUCCUGUCUUCAUUCCCAGGAGCAAGCAGAAGGUAUGAGCACCAGGCCUUCAGCCAAACCCAAGCCCUGGAAGGGUGAGAAAGGCAAACAGCAUGGAUCCAGCCCCAGGAAUUCAAAAGGCUUGGAGUAA